UGCUAAGCUCGGUCGCGUUGCGUGAAUCAACUACAUGUUGUAUCAAAUAAGAAAGGCAUAGGCCUAAUUUAAUCAGAGGAAGAUGGAAGACCCCGAGACAAAUGGAUCUAAUGAAGAGCCAGAGCAAGUACAAUUCCUGUACAAGGCAAUGUACCAAAGAGACCCACAAAAGAGAAGAGUCAAACCAGUUGAUCAUCAUCUCCUGCAGUUAGACUUUGGUCUGAGUGACAGUGACAGUGAUAGUGACUUUGAAGUGAAAGGAGAUCAUGAAAGUGAUUCUGGAGGAUCUCAUGGGGAUGGAGGUGUUGGUAGCAGUGAUGAUGACAAUGAUGAUGGUGAUGAGGAUGAGAGUGAUGAAGGGAGUGGAAGCAGCCUGGACAGAGGAUCAUCAGACAGUGAGACUGAGGCAAAGCUUACGGUUGAUCAAAUGAUUGCAAAGGCUAAGAGAUUUAAAGGUCACUCUCAGUCGCCAAACUCAUCUGGUGACAAAUUGAAAAUAGUAAUUUGCUGUGUGUGUCUCGGAGAGAAUAGUGAAGACACAGAUGAGAUUGUAGAAUGUGACAUGUGUGGAGUCCCAGUCCAUGAAGGUUGUUAUGGUGAGAGCCAAAGUGAUGCAGAUUCGACAUCCAGCAAUCAGACUUCUAGCUCCACAGAGCCGUGGUUCUGUGAUCCAUGUAAAGCAGGAAUCCUUAAUCCGACCUGUGAGUUAUGUCCUAAUCUUGGAGGUGCAUUCAAGGAAACAGAUGCUGGGAGGUGGGUACAUGUUGUUUGUGCCUUGUACGUUCCUGGGGUUGCAUUUUCUGAUGUUGCCAAGCUGAGAUGGGUCACACUUUCUGAGAUGGCUCCAGCAAAGUGGGGAGCAAAGUCAUGCAGCUACUGUGAAGAUGAGAGGUUUAGUCAAACAGGAGUAGCUAUCAGCUGUGAUGCAGGAAUGUGUAGAAACUUCUUUCAUGUUACAUGUGGUCAGAGAGAAGGAUUGUUAUCAGAGGCUUCAAUUGAUGAGGCGAUAGCAGACCCAUUCUACGCUUACUGCAAGCUUCAUGUUGAGAAGGGCAUCCGUCGUUACAAGCGUCAGAACUGGCUUGCUAUCCAAUCCAAUCAGAAGCAAGCAAGCUCAGUCAAUCAGCGUUUGGCUGCCCUGCCCGAUCGAGUACAUGCAAAAUUUCUCAGAUUCCAAGACCAGUACAAGGCUAUGAGAAGGUUGAAGCCAGAUCCUUGGAUACCCCCAGAGAAGGUUCCCCGGGCCCUGACCACCAGCGCGUCAGCCUGUAGGCGUCUCAUGCGGAAGGCAGAACUGAUGGGCUUUACUGUUGACAGCAUGAGGGCUGCUCACGUGAGACACAAGAGUAGUCAGCAGGUCAGCAGAAAGUGGCAUAUCCCUCCAGCAUUCUCUGCAGAGUUUGUCAAUUACUGCAUUGAUCGAGAUGAGAGGAUGAAUACCUUUAAGUCUCGUCUCAAUGAUUUGAUGAAGCAGAAUGAGAAGCUUCAAUCUCUUGAAAGUCAGUUACGCACCAAGUAUGAUCGGCUUUCUGUGCAAGUAGCAGAGCUACGGUCUUCUCAAGCCGAGAGCCGUAGUGAUGUGGAAACCAUGUGGAAGACAUUGGGAACACUGGCAGGAAAGAAGUUGCAGCAACCUCAAGUCCUGAGCCUACCACGAAUUCGAAAGACACCACCUAAGAGAGAAGAAAAAGAAGAGCUGAAAUCUCCAGGAGUUAUUCAUCUGUGUGGUAUUUGUGAACAGUCCCAUGACCAGCAUCUUCUGGUGCUAUGUGAUAUCUGCAAGAAAUACUACCACAUGGGAUGUUUGGACCCACCCCUGACACGCCUACCAAAGAAGAGUGCUUUCAGUGUCUGGCAAUGUUCAGAGUGUGUAAGCAGUAGCAGUGAUGAAAGUGAGGGAGAAGAAAGUAAGGAAGUGGAAGAGGAGCCAAGACGCAAGAGACGUAUCAUCAAGGAGCCUCUCAAGUUUACCACUCAGUAUACAGACUUUCCGACUACCAAAAGGGUCACCAAACCAAAGGGAAAAGCAAAUAGCAGGACAGCAGCAAAAAGGAAACAACUCAACAUGGAUAACAAUGAUGAUGUACAGCCUGAACCAACUUCAAAGGCAAGGAGAAAGUCAAGAUGAUGAACUGAAGCAUAGGCUGAGAUUAAUGAUGAUCAAGCAUACAGGUAAUAGUGGCAUAAUAAAGAAAGUGUUCAUUGGCAGCACCAGGGUAUUUUGUUAUGGGCAAUGAGAAGCCCCAGAGGUUAAUAUGAAGUAUUUGUUAUUAUUGAAUAUAGGGGUAUUGUAUUCUUACACACAACAGAUCCAGGUGUUUCCCCAUUGGACUUAGACUCUGUAACACAAAGAUUAGCAAUCAAUCGAUAAAUGGCAGAGAGAGAGAGAAAUCCUUGGCUUUAUUGGCUGAGAAGUCAUCAUUUUACUGUAGUAACUGUUUUUCUAUUGCAACUUACGGAAACAGGUAUACUUUUUUGUAAUCCAAGUCCCUGACAUUGCCAACUUAUAGUUUUCAGAUUAAAAGCUUCUUUUGAUUUUGGUUAAUCCCCCUAAAAGUGUUGGCCACUCUUCAAAUUAUUUACAUUAUAAUUAUGAUGUAGAUGAUGUGAUGUAAAAAUUUGUUUGGAUGUACAUGUAAUUUUAUGUGAAAGUGUCUUCUUGAAAAUGUCCGUACAAAAUAAGGAUGAUGAUUGUAAAUCAAAGAAAAUGGAUGGAAUACAUGGAAAUGGCUGUUGGAGAUGGAAAAAGGAUCACUUCAGGAUGAAAAUCAUUGAAAAUCACUUAAGAAUAACACUAUAGCAUAAACGUUUUUUGAUAAAUAAAAAUGUAAUCCCAAAAAUGAUUACUUUUAAGAUGGAGUGUAGAAGGAAGUAAACUUGCAACCUAAUAGUAUGCUACCCAUCUCUAAUUAGGCUUGAUUCCUGUGGUACCUGUGUGUAUCAUGGCAUGAUGUCUACCACCACCACUGUAGUGCACAUAGGAUAGGAGCAUAUCCUGACCAAAAUAAGUCUGAUUGUUAUUGUUCUGCUGUAUUCAUAGUACCAAUACCGAAGAGGCUGUCUAAUAGGAUGUUUAUAUUCAGUGGUGCAUAAUAUACUCUAGCAAAUGUAGAGAAAUUGUUUUUAGCACCUUUGAUCUCAAGUCAUCAUAGUAAAUGCUCCCUGUUAUAAAUGAGAAUUGCUCUAUGUGUCUCCAUGUGUACAAUGUCUAUAGGAAAAGUUCCAAUAGACAGGCCCUGUGAAUUGGAAUUCAUAAUUUUCUCCAAAAAGGCAAUUUAAAAAAAAAAUAGAUAAUCAUAACUCAUACCUGUACGAGACCAUUUAUAAUACAUGGAAAGUAUAACAAAGUUCAGGAUGUAGUCACUGUUUGUAGCUUUGUGACAGGAAAUCACUUCACAUCUAGGACAAGUGUUUAGGAGGCCAUUUAAAAAAAAUAGAAUCAUUAGUAAGAUAGGAUGCUUGAAAUCC